GUAUAUGAAGGAUACCGUUUGUGAUGAUACGGGCACAUUGACGGUUAGCUAACAUUGGAACUAAGUACUGAUAGGAAGUGUGUCAGUCCGGACACGAUUCUUGGGUGCACUGCUGCUAAGCUCAAGGUCUAACGUUACAAUAAAUCACUCGUUUACUAUCGAAGCUAAACUCGUAGUUUGAUUAAUCGAGUUACAUGUAUUGUAUUUCGAAAUGAAACCAACACAUGACCAGUUGAUAAAUGGUGUCAAUCCAUGAGUUUUUAAAGAGACUAAUCCAGGAAAAGAAGUCGGCGAAAUAUCCAUCCGUCACCUUUUGAUGCACGAGUACAUGAACAGUCGGGACUGAAAUGUCGCUGCCGAAGAUGACACGUCUCCCCUCUGUGAGGCUGCUGAGCUCCAUCCACCAGCACCACCAGAUGUUGCCUCCCUCCGUCACUCUGCUCACUGCGCCCAGAAGAGCUGUGAGUCAGGGCGAGUACAGACGACCCGGCAAACCCAAAGAGGACAGGUUCCCGUGGCAGCCGAUUAACUUUAGCUUCUCAAAAGGCGUGCAGGGGAUAAAGAAGCACUUCACGCUGCUGAAGAAGGAGUUUUCCGAGCGCUGGGUUGGUCCAGAGGGCAAACCCGUCCUUGAGCACAUGUUGGAGCAGAACCGAGUGAUGUGGGAGUUCAGGGGCCCGGAGAGCCUGGACCAGUGGACAGUGUCCUCAGAUCACGAGAUUGGAGGCCAAAGUGAAGCUUACCUGAAGCUCGGGAAAAACAAUAAUACCUGUUUUCUGUACGGGACUCUGAGCUCUACUCCUCCCAAGGAUGGAGAAACGCGCUACAGCGGAUACUGCACCAUGCGCUCCAAGCGACCACAGGCUUCAUUCGAUAGAAAAAAGCACUACGAUUGGUCCAGUUUCAACACCCUGCAUUUGCGAGUACGCGGUGAUGGACGUCCGUGGAUGAUCAACAUUGGCGCAGAAACAUAUUUCUCCCACCAGAAGGAUGACAUAUACAAUUAUUUCCUGUAUACCAGGGGAGGACCCUACUGGCAAGACGUCCAGAUUCCUUUCUCCAAGUUUUUCCUCACAAAUCGCGGGAGGGUACAAGAUGACCAGCAUCCUCUCUGGCUGGACAAGGUUAACAGUAUUGGAUUCACCCUGGGGGAUAAAGCAGACGGUCCAUUCCAACUGGAGAUCGAUUUUAUUGCCGUCUCUAAAGAUUACGCUCACACCGAGGAGUUUGCCUACGAGUUGUACAAGAAAAACCCUGACGUUUAAUAAGAGCGAUUGCAGAUGAACUGCGGUUCAAUAAUGACCAGGUUAUACGUAAACUACCAAUAAACAAGUCUACCAAUUACAUCCGAUCCAUCAUUCCUGGAUUCAAGCAUAUGGACUGGGAUAAAAACGUGCAGGAUGUGUAGAUUAAACAUUUAGAAUCAUUUAAUUACAGGACACGAACUGAGACAUGCUGCUUUAAAAAAAAAGUCAUUGUUGUGAUUCUUGUCUAGUUUUUUCUGACAGAUGUCAACAAACCAGGUCUAAAAACAACCAUUAACUCACAUGACUUAACAUUUCUUUGUGGAACAGGAUUUCCUUUUUAUGGUUUUUUCAAAAAAAAAAACAAAGCACACAAAUUCUAAAAACACAAUAACAGUUUUAAAUGCAGCAAAAAAGGAUAUUGAUUAUCUACAAAAACACAUAAAAAGCAUCAGUCAGAGUUGUACGCUGUAAACACUACACCAGGGGUAAAAUCUAAAACACCCUACGGGAGUUUAGACAGAAACAGAAAAAGACGGCUUCCCGAACAGAAGACCAAAAGCGACGGCUGCAAACAAAACAAAUAUUUACACUGUAAAAAAACGGAUGUACAAAACCGGCCGGAUACUUUUACAUCAUGACAAGGCCUCUUCUUGCCCCGAGCAUACUCUCCUUCUUCUGCUUACGGCCUUCCACGUGUCUCGCUCUCCUCUCCCCCCUUAAAACAAGAUACAGAAACGUCCAUUAAAGUCUGAUGUUGUAGGAGUUCUUUACAACGGGAAACACGCGUGUCAGUUUGAACAUACCUUGUCUGGACCUGGUGCUGUUUGUAGUUCUUCUGAUGAGAGUUAGAAACCAGUGACUUGUUUGCUGCCGUGUUUUCUUGGUUGUCUCCAAAUGCCUUGAGUUUACCUGUAAACAACCAUUAAAAAAAAAUAAGUCA